AUGGCAAAGCAGGUCUUUGAAAGAUUCGAUGGAGGAGAAGUGACCGAUGGCAUGUUGAUGGAAGCGUCGCUGCUCUUCGGUAAGAAUUACGGGAUUUGGGGUAAAUCGGUUUCGUUAGCAAAACCGGGUAGUCGGGUGAGACUCAGUAAGGACCGACUGCGAGCUCAAUAUCUCCCCGAUGGAACCAACUGUUCCUACGUUAGAGUUACCGUUGACGGCCAUCUUGCCGGGCAUGCCUUUUCUUGCCGUUGGACUUGCGACGACGGCAAAACCGUUUGCAGGAUCACCCAGUUGGUCGUUCACCGCGAUUAUCGUGAGCGUGGACUUGCAGUUGGCGGCAUAAAUGCUACUCAGCUUGACAUUAUUCGCGAUCAUGCGGAGCCUAUUAUGAAGGCAUCCCCUAUCAGCUACGUCAGAGACGCCCAGCUCCGCGGCAGCCUCUUUCAUCAUCCUGGAGAUACCAGUGGUGUGAUUUCAUCUGUUGAUACCAACUUUUUUGUCGAUCACGCUGAACUACUUGAAGCUCUUGCAUGGGUGCGGGAGGAACGAGAUUGGCCUCUCGGUGAACUACUGGACGGUUAUGAAUUCCUCCUUGUCCUUGAAGCCAGAAAACGCCGCCGUUCGAGAUGUCGCUCUACCGCUCGGCCUGAGCCUAGCGCCUAG